AUGCCGUCCACGCGACCAUGCGCGGCCUUUGAGCCCAUCGCCCCGGACUUCGAUCUGAAGUCGUUGGUCGAGACGACGCCGAACUUCGAGUACGCUGUGCGCAUACACUCGGACAUGAUAGAGCACCACGGCAUUGCGGCUUUCGAAAGAUUGGUAUUAAUGCACGUUAUACUUGGAGGUAAACCACUGGUUAUCGAAGGUUACGAGACGAAACUGGACAGCUGGAUCUUUGCCAUUCAGUGGCUUCGAGACAACUGCGGCUCGAAUGUUGUCGACGCAAGGGACCUUACCAAGCAGGCAAAUGUCCCCAUGUCAAUCGGUCAUUAUCUGAAGCAUAUGUCUUUGCUCACAAACCAAUGGAAUACUACAAACUACAAAGACCCCGAGCGCCAACGCAUGUACCUGAAAGAUAUCGAUUGCCCUCCUAUGUGGAAAGAGCGUGUUGGACAGCAUAUUCCACCUUUCCUAUUCUAUCUGAAUGACAAUACUGGUGAAUAUGGCGGAAUGGGCGCGGUAGAAGAGCCAGGCCCCAAUAGCUCGGGGAUGAGGAAGGGUCGUGGUAUAGCAAAGGCCGGCGACCUUAUGAGCAGUUUACCGCCACAAAUGCGUGCGGAGAACCUUAUGUGCUAUAUCGGUCACGAAGGCACUUACACCCCUGCUCACAGAGAAAUGUGCGCAUCGCUCGGACACAAUAUUAUGGUUGAAGCUUCUAUAGAAGGAAAUGAAGACGACCAAAGGACCAAACCUGGUUCUUCGAUCUGGUUUAUGACAGAGACUAAGGAAAGAGAAGUCGUCUCUGAAUACUGGUUAUCACGCCUCGGCCACGACAUCGAAGUUGAGAAGCAUUUUGCACAGAUAAAUGCUUGGAAGAAUGCUCCUUUCCAAGUGUACGUGGUCGACCAGAGACCCGGUGAUUUUAUCCUUAUACCACCUCUUGCGCCACACCAGGUUUGGAAUAGAGGUACUAGGACGAUGAAAAUAGCAUGGAACCGAACUACGGUGGAGACGUUGGAAAUGGCGAUGAAUGAGGCUCUCUUUAAAGCUCGAAUGGUCUGCCGUGAUGAGCAAUACAAGAACAAGGCCAUCAUCUAUUAUACCCUCGAAAAAUACGACAAACUUACUCUACAAGCAGACAAGCACAAGCAGAAGAAUCCUGCGUCGAAGAGGGUACAAAAAGUAGACACACAAAUCAAACAGCUUCAGAAAGACUUCAAACGUUUACAUGCUCUUUUCACCAGGAUGCUACUCGAUGAAAGCUUCUACAUUGAUCGUGUUGAGAAGAAAGUCGAGAUGGUACCCUACGAAGGUGACGUUACGUGUUCCUAUUGCCGUAGCAACAUCUUUAAUAAAUUCUUGACUUGUCCUUCAUGUGUUGGUGACCUGCCUAAUGGCGACAAAGACACCUACGAUGUGUGCCUGGAUUGCUAUGCUAUGGGUCGCAGUUGUGCAUGCAUCUCUAAGCUUCGUUGGGUUGAGCAGUGGGAUUGGGGUAUGCUCGUCCAGAAGCACGAGCAGUGGCGGCACCUGAUCAUUCAAGAUGAGGGUCAAAUCAAUGAGAAGUCACCAAAGUCCUUGAAGCAUGAGCUUGAUCGCAGAGGAAAGCGUCGAACCAUAGCUCAGAUUUGUCAAACCGAACUCUUGAAACGUCCCUGGCGGGAUAUUCGAAAACCGAUCUCUGUAGCCGAACAGCCCGAAGAGGAAGAAGACACUCAGGUUGACGAAUUUGGUAAUGUGAAGAGGAAGAAGGUCAAAAAGAAGUCCGAAAAGUUCAUGAGAGACCAUGGAAGAUGUCACGUCGACUGCUAUUGGGAACCGCGAUGGAAGCAAGCUCAAUGUACGAAAUGUCACAAGAACUAUUGCUUCGGUCUCCUCUUUCGAGCGUACGACAUGAUGCCACAGGACAUACUCGCAGAUCCUGAUUGGACUUGUCCGGCAUGUCUGAAAAUAUGUAACUGCCGACAAUGCAGUAAGAAGCCAGGAUACAAGAGAUAUACUCCCAAGGGUACUCUUCUGGGGCACAACACGAAGGCAGUAGCGGAUCCUCGUUCUGUGGAAAGCUUGGUCGAUUUUAGUUUCUCCAAUAUCCAAUGGAUCAAAAAGGCUGAUGAUGACUAUGAUGCUGAAGACACACGCAGAUUGCAGAAGCGCCGUCGUGAAGCAAAUGCGGCCAUGAACAGAGAUCCAGACCUCGGGGACAAUUAUGUAGAUGAAGAUGGUCAGAAAUCGCAGGAUGUCGAAGGUGGAAUUCUGCGACUCGCUGAGCAGGAGGGCAUACCAAUUGACCCUGCUCUUUCAUCAGGGUUUAUAGCUGUGAAUGGAGCCAACCAUGACUCACCUGAUGAGGAUGAUGUGAACGAGAACCCUGAGGAAACCCUUCGUCGGCCACAAGAUAGAGGCGAAGAACCUCAGUUUGCACUUCCUGACGGAGUUGUUGUGCAGGAUCCUCAGCACCCGUCGUACGACCCAACUGACUUGAUCACAUUCACAUACCCAGAUCCAGUAGUGGGCCCAAUACCGCCUGCACCUAUGGAAGGCUACCAAGAGGCGGCAGCAGAACUGCCGUACCAGGACGUUGAGCCGCCCUCGCCAACCAAGAUUGAAAUGGUUGAGAGAAAGCGUAAACGUAAGUUUGACGAAGGAGACAAGGCUUUCCACCUAACCGCAAGCAAGUCCAAGAAGAGCGUAUCAAAGAAGCGUCAAUCCUUAGUCGUGCGCCUCACAAUUGACCAGGAUAAACUUCAGCAAUUUGGAUCGUCGGCUGAGGCUGUUCAAUCUGCUGCAGAUGGUGCUGUUUCACAGGCACCUGUGGUAAGUUCUGACUUGCAGGCACUGAAUGUCUAUCCAAACGAGGAUGGCCAACCCCCAGCGAAGAAAUUACGAAGGGAUGAACGACCUCCACCAAUAGAGGCUGACGAUGAAUAUGCUCCUGGUCGUCCUAGGGAUCGUAGGAAGGCUCCUAUCGAUGGCACGCCAUUACCACCAAAGCAGGACAACGUCGAGAGACGAACAACUAGACUGCAGAAUGUUACUUAUGCUGAACCUGAUGAAGAAGAGUUCAACGAGAUCGUCGCGCCAAAAUCGCGGAUUAUGGAGCAGGCUGAGGUCAUCGAUAGUGUCGAAAUGGAGGAGGCCAUUUCUGUCGACAUCAGCGAUGCCGAAGAUGAAACACCUUCCACCAAAGUCGCCGGCAAGCGUCCCGCGCUGACAACGCCUGCUGCUGUGGCUACCUUAGCAAGAAGAGUGGGCUCAAGUGCAAGAGAUGACCGUAGCCGCAAUGGUGUUCGAAUCGCGACCAUCAACGGCAGUGGGUCUAACACGCCUUUGUCGUCAGUGCAACAAUUUGCCAAAACUUCUUCUGAAGUGCAAGCCUCGGCGAACAGACGGGCAAAGAUGGCAGCUUUGGAAGACGUUGAAAUCGACGAUAUCGAUGACAUCGAAGAUAGCUCUAUCGACAGUACGCCUGAACCACAGAAACAGCAGCAGCGACCGAUUUCUGUUUCUGGAACACCCAAGCACAUGGUGCGUGGAGACAGGAUACAGGGGUCGAGCGCGUCCGGCAAAGAAACUUCAUCGCUCAGAACAGCGCCUGCCAAUAAGUUUUCUGCUAUCCAUCACAAUCGACCUGGACCCAAAGCUACAUCAACAAACAACGCAGCUGCGAAAUCGGCAUCACUACACAAAGCUUCCGCAAGAGAUUGGGAUGACGAUGAUAGUGAUUGA